AUGGAAAGAGGAAGGACACGUUCAAACCAAACCCGGACGAGGACGGACUGUCAACACCCGAAAAUGGGUGGGAUUAUUAAGAAAAUUGACCGAAAAGAUGGUCUGAGCUUAAAUAAGAUGGCCAAACAGCUAGAUAUUUUUUGCAGUUCUGUUCAAUUGACACUUGGUCUUCGAAGUUAUCGUCUGUUUAACGGACAAGUUCUUACCGAUCAAGCAAAGCAUAAUCGGAAGGAAAAAUGCAAGAAAUUACGAGAAUUUUUCAAAGUACGAAUUGGGGACGUCUUCUGGUCUGACGAAAAAGUUUUCACCGUUGAAGUGGCUACAUGCUCUCAGAAUCACCGCCAACUUCUCAGUCCAGCUCUCAAGAACAAUCGCAAGCAAAAGAUUGCCAAGAAAUUUUUUUUACUGAAAGCUUAUUGGUUUGGGGCUCAGUGCCUCGGGUAAGA